AUGAUCCGCUUUCUUCUAAUCCAGAACAAGCUCGGACGCACCCGGCUUGCCAAGUACUUUGUUCACUACGAUGCAGAUCAGCGUCACCAGCUUGAAAAGGAGGUCCACCGUUUAGUCAUAGGCCGUAAUGUCAAACAGACCAACUUCAUUGAGUUUCGCUCUCACAAGAUAAUCUACAGGCGCUACGCUGGCCUCUACUUCACCAUCUGCUGUGAUCUCAACGAUAAUGAGCUUGCCAUGCUGGAGGCAAUACACUUGUUUGUCGAAACACUCAAUACCUACUUCGAAACUGUCUGCGAGCUCAAUCUGAUCUUUGACUUCCAUAAGGUGAACCUUAUUUGCGACGAGGUCUUUCUUGCUGGCGAGAUUCAGGAGACCAGUAAAGAAGUCAUCAUUAACCACGUCUCCCAGAUCGAUAAGUUUUGA